GGUGGCGGGGCGGCGGAUAGUAGCUAUGGUGACUUGAUUCCGUCCCCUCGCGUUCGAAUGUUCAACCCCGAAGCCCUUAGCAGCAGUUUCUGGGCGCCUGACCACUGCAGGAUUCCGGGUCCAUUAGCCACUAGGGUUAGAAGUGGUCAUGGCUUCGCCUGACGUCAUCAGAGGGGCGCGCGGCGGGAAAUGACGGCUUGAUUUUGUCCCGUCGUUUGGCCAUUCGCCCGUAGCAACAGCACGAGGCACCUGUAGCAAUGGCUCGGCCUGACGUCACUAGUAGGGCGGCUCGGGCUGACGUCACUAAUAGAGCGGCUCGGGCUGACGUCACCACUAGCGACGUUUCUAGUGGUAGUAGUAGAGCGGCAGCGGCGGGCGGCGGGAGAUGGCGUGGGCGGAUAGCAGCGCUGGCGUAUCUCGCGGCAUUCGCGCUGGCCAUCGGCGUGAACGUGGGCCCCUUUUUCCGCCGAUCCAAACCGCAGGAGCUCCUCGCUCCGACAGCCCCUGCGACCCCUGCUUCCUCAAUCUCACCUCGUGACGGACUCUCGCCCGUGGCGCUCCAAGGGAUGAGCGACGCCGGAGCGAUUGCCCCCACAAGCGAUGCUGCCGCUGCUGCUGCUGCUGCCGCUGCUGGUGCUGGUGAUGGCGGUGGUGUUGAUAGUGGUAUUGACCGCGUAGGCUCCCCCCCUCCUCCCCCUUCAACUCCCCUUUAUCCUCCGCCUUCCCCUCCGCCUUCCCCUCCCCCGCCCUCCCCACCUCCGCGUUCUCCUCCGCCUCCUUCCCCUCCCCUCUUUCCUCCUCCCAGCCCCCCUCUUUCUCCUUCUCCUCCUCCUCCGCUUCCUCUCAAAGAGGCAGCAGCAGCAGCAGCCGCACCACCACCACCACCACCACCAGCUGCACCAGCAGCAGAAGCAGCAGCAGCAGCAGCAGCAGCAGUAGCAGUUGUUCCACACUCCUCCUCCUCUCCUUCCGUUUCAACUGCUGACGUGGCAGGAGCCCCUCCCUCUCCGGUCGUUUCGGCUGCUGACCUGGCAGCGGACGCCGAGGAAGGACAGGAUAGUCUGCUAGUGGGGCUGACUAUAGUGAAUACCUCCGCUGAUCCUGGUGCAGUCUGCUUGGACGGCUCGCCUCCAGCCUUCAACCUUCAUGCUGGGAGGGGCACGGGAAGGAACAAGUGGAUCCUCUACCUCGAGGGAGGAGCAUGGUGCGAGGAUUCGUCUAGCUGCCUGGACAGGAAAUUCUCCAACUUCGGCACAUCCACUCAGAUGGGUGGCUGGAUGCUGCAAGGCAUGCUGUCGUCCAACCGCAACACAAACCCCGACUUCUUCAACUGGAACCUUGUCUACAUUCGUUACUGCGACGGGGCUUCUUUCAUCGGCAACGUCGAUGAGCCGAUGAAGGACCAUGCAGGCAAGCCCCAGCUAUACCAACGUGGUCUCCGUGUCUUCACCGCCAUAGUCUCACAUCUCCUAACCCACAACGGCAUGCAGUCAGCCUCCCACGUGCUCCUCUCCGGCUGCUCUGCCGGCGGCCUGGCAGCGCUCCACCUGUGCGAUCCCCUUGCUGAGAGAAUGAGACGGGAGGGGGGGGAGGGCGGGGAGGGCAGGGAGGGGGGGAAGGGGGGAGGGCGGGAAAGAGGAGGGGUGGUGGUGAAGUGUAUGUCGGAUGGCGGGUUCUUCCUGGAUGCUAAAGAUAUCGGAGGGACUUACCUGCUGAGGGACACCACGUUUCGUCCGGUUACCACGUUACACAAUGUCACAUUGAACCCUCACUGCCUGGCAUCUCGACCGUCAGACCAAAGCUGGCAGUGCUUCUUCCCGGAGCACGCGCUUCCGUUCGUCCGCACGCCCUACUUCGUUCUCAAUUCGCUGUACGACUCAUGGCAGAUCGCGCACUCCUUUGUGUCCUUCACUGUCUUCCCAGACAACGUGUGGCAUGCGUGUCGCAUGACCCUGCAGGGCUGCGAUCAGGACAAGCUCGAUAAGAUACAUGCCUAUCGUGACGAGAUGGUUGGUAAGAUCUCCAACCUGCUGUCGUCCAAUCAGAGCGCUGCAGCUGUCCGUCGGCGGCUUGUCGCGCAAGUUGGAGGGAGUCGGGUGGGGAAAGUUGGAGGAAUUCGGGCGGGGGAAGUUGGAGGGAUUCGGGCAGGGGAAGUUGGAGGAAUUCGGGCGGGGGCAGACGAGCUAAACACAGAGCAGCAAGAGCAGCAACAUAUACAGCAGCAAGAUUUCAAGGGACAGCAGGGGCAGAAUAAUACCAAGCACCAGCAGCAGCAGCAGCAGCAGCAGCAGCAGCAGCAGCAGCAGCAGCAGCAGCAGCAGCAGCAGCAGCAGCAGCAGCAGCAGCAGCAACUACAUCGACAGCAAAGGCGUGAGCUAGCUGAAGUGACUACAUUGAGUGUGACUUCGUCGAAUGGGGCGUACCUCAUUUCGUGCCGAGCUCACUGCAUGGCCAUGGGCCCCAUGUGGCAUGGCAGCACGGCUCCAAGAAUACAGAACAAGACCAUGGCAGAGGCAGUGGGAGACUGGUUCUUUGAACGACAGAGAGUCAAUCUGGUCGACUGCAAACACCCAUGUAACCCCACAUGCUGAUGACUUAGUAUUUUCAGGACUGUUAUAUUAGGGCGCAUUCCUACAAAGUAGGAUCAGAAUCAACAAUGUUUCUGAACCUGCCGUUUUACAACCAGCAGUUCAGCAAUCCUGUAAAUCUGUCGCUUGCUAGUUUAGGCGACGCCACUGCCAGCCCCGCACGAUCCUACGUGUACACCCCCCGCGACCAGAGCCACAAAACAAAACAUCGCAUCGACC